AAAUUUUCGGUUCGAUUUGGAAAAGUUUUAAUGAUUUGGCCGUGUAAACAUCGUUUUCUUUGAUUUCCUGUAAAUUCUGGACCAAAAAGCAGGUGAAAUUUAUUAAAAUUUCAUUGUUAUUCAUUUAUUAAUAGUGCCCGCUUUCACGACCAUGACGAGACCAGGUGAAAAUGGCAAGGAUCGACGGCGGAGCAGAUCGCACUCGCCACCGGACAGGAAAAAACGACGGUCCCGGAGUCGUGAACGCGAUCGGGAGCGUACGAAAACUUCAUUCCGCUUCAAGGAUUUCGGAAGGCGCGAUCGAGACAGGGACCGGGACCGGGAACAACGCGACCGCGAAAGGGAGAAGGAACUGGAGAAAGAGCGCUUUAAGGAAGCGGAACGGAAACGCGAACGCGAGAGGGAACGUGAAAAGCUGAGGGAACAAGCUACUAAAUACGCUCAAAGUGUGAGUAGCAGCAGUGGAACUUCCAGCACAGGUUUCCGUCAAUCGAAGUUCGAUCAAAAACCUCCCGGAUAUGUCGAAAAGGAAAUCAAGAAACCCAUUAAGGAAGAGCCAAAAGAGAAGGAGGAGACCUUUGAUCUCUCUGUUCCUAUGGAUAAAGAGGAAGAACAGCGAAGGCUGGAACAGGAAAUGGUAAAACGAAGGGAGCGGAUUGAACGAUGGCGGGCUGAGAGGAAACGGAAGGAAAUUGAAAUAAAGAAACCAACCGUUUUAACAGGAGUUAACAUCCCGAAAAAAUGGAGCUUGGAAGAUGACGAAGAAGACGAUGAAGAUGAUAUCAAAGAUAAAGCAAAUAACAAUGAUGAAGAGGACGACGUUGAUCCUCUCGACGCUUUCAUGAAGGAAGUCAACGAAGAAGUUCGGAAAGUGAACAAAUUACCCAGCUCCGCUCCAAAGCAGGAUGGAAAGGCAGCGUCUAACUCAGGUGUGACAAUUAUCACAGGCGUUGCAAAAAAGAACACCGAAACGACCAAGAAGGGCGAACUGAUUGAACAAAAUCAGGACGGAUUGGAGUAUUCUUCUGAGGAGGAACAGGAAGAUAUAAAAGACACAGCCGCAAAUCUAGCGAACAAACAAAAGAAGGAACUGGCCAAGAUAGAUCAUAGCGGUAUCAACUACAUGCCCUUCAGAAAAGCUUUCUAUGUGGAAGUUCCGGAAAUCGCUAAAAUGACGCACGCAGAAGUCGGCGUUUAUAAAACCGAACUUGAAGGGAUUACUGUGAAGGGGAAAGGUUGCCCUAAACCCAUCAAAACGUGGGCCCAUUGUGGCGUAUCCAAGAAGGAAUUUGAUGUCCUUCGAAAACUUGGAUUCGAAAAGCCUACGCCAAUUCAGUGCCAGGCAAUUCCAGCCAUUAUGUCAGGACGGGAUCUGAUUGGCAUUGCCAAAACAGGCAGUGGCAAAACGUUGGCCUUCAUUCUUCCCAUGUUCCGACACAUUCUAGAUCAACCCCCACUUGAGGAUGGAGAUGGUCCCAUUUCCAUUAUAAUGACUCCUACUCGGGAACUUUGUAUGCAAAUUGGAAAGGACAUUAAAAAGUUUGCCAAGUCGUUGAAUUUGCGAGCAGUUUGUGUGUACGGAGGAACAGGUAUUUCGGAACAGAUUGCCGAACUAAAACGUGGAGCCGAAAUCAUCGUGUGUACUCCGGGCCGAAUGAUUGACAUGUUGGCCGCAAAUUCAGGCCGCGUUACAAAUCUACGUCGUGUCACUUAUGUGGUGUUGGAUGAAGCUGAUCGGAUGUUCGAUUUGGGUUUUGAACCCCAGGUUAUGAGAAUAAUUGAUAAUAUUCGACCGGACCGUCAAACGGUGAUGUUUAGCGCCACUUUCCCCCGACAAAUGGAAGCUCUAGCUAGACGAAUAUUGAAAAAGCCGAUAGAAAUUCAAAUCGGUGGUCGUUCGGUUGUUUGCAAGGACGUGGAACAACAUGUCGUAGUUUUGGAAGAAGACGCCAAAUUUUUCAAACUUCUGGAAUUACUUGGACUCUAUCAGGAACUGGGCAGCAUUAUUGUCUUCGUAGACAAGCAAGAAAAUGCUGACAUUUUAUUGAAAGAUCUAAUGAAGGCUUCUUAUCCUUGCUUGAGUUUGCACGGAGGCAUCGAUCAAUUCGAUCGAGAUUCAACUAUAAUUGACUUCAAGCAAGGCCGCGUUAAGCUUCUAAUCGCCACUUCCGUUGCUGCGCGAGGCUUGGAUGUCAAGCAGCUGAUUCUGGUCGUGAACUACGAUUGUCCCAAUCACUAUGAAGACUAUGUGCACAGAUGCGGUCGAACAGGACGAGCAGGCAAUAAGGGAUUUGCUUGGACUUUCUUGACUCACGAGCAAGGGCGUUAUUCUGGGGAUAUUAUACGAGCCCUCGAGUUGUCCGGUGGCACAGUACCCGACGAUUUACGUAGUUUAUGGGAUACAUAUAAAGCAGCCCAGGAAGCCGAAGGCAAAAAAGUACAUACCGGAGGCGGGUUCAGUGGAAAAGGAUUCAAGUUUGACGAGCAAGAAGCUGCCGCUGUUAAUGAGCGCAAAAAGCUUCAGAAGGCUGCUCUUGGACUGCAAGAUUCCGAUGACGAUGACGAUCUGGAGCAAGACAUUGACCAGCAUAUUGAGAGCAUGUUUGCUACAAAACGCAUCGUGAAGGAAGUUGAAGCUCCAGUUAUCACACAAUCAGUUUCUACACCAGCGCCAACGACAACAAAUUCGGAUAAAUUAGAACUUGCUAAGCGAUUGGCAUCGCGUAUCAAUUUGCAGAAAAAUCUCGGUCUAGAAGCUAAGGGCGCUACACAACAAGCUGCCGAAGCCAUUCUCAAAGGCGGAACCACCCAGCAACUUAUCACGGCUAAAACUGUUGCUGAGCAAUUGGCUGCGAAGCUCAACACCAAACUCAACUAUCAACCCAAGGAUGAAGAUGAAUCACCCGUCGAAAGCAAUGAAACUGUCUUCCGGAAAUACGAGGAGGAGCUGGAGAUUAAUGAUUUCCCACAACAAGCAAGAUGGAAGGUCACUUCUAAGGAAGCGCUUGCCCAAAUCUCCGAAUACUCGGAAGCGGGUCUUACGGUGCGCGGUACGUACGUACCAACUGGUAAAACUCCCCCUGAAGGAGAGCGUAAGCUGUAUCUGGCUAUCGAGAGCUGUUCUGAGUUGGCAGUAACAAAGGCGAAGCGAGAAAUCACCCGACUUAUCAAGGAAGAACUGCUAAAACUGCAAGCUUCGUCGCAUCAUAUAAUUAACAAAUCCAGAUACAAGGUUUUGUAAAACAAGGCAUAUAUUCCGGUUAAUAUAAAGUUUAGAUACCUGCUUUGGAAAUAAUAAAAAAAAACUAUUCCAACUUUC